UCAAAAUGGCGGACGACGCUCCGCCGAAGAAAGCAAAAUCUCCAUCGAGUCCAGCUCAGUUGCUCACUGGCGGCUUCAAUUUUCUACGUCUAAGAUCUCAAGAGGAUAAAGAAGGCGAAGAUAGUGAAGACGAAGAUCUUUUUGACAGUGAGAAAAUUAAAACACGUUUUUUAUCUGCUUGGAACAACAUGCGCUAUGGCCUGUCGUUACCCUCCAAAUCAACUUUUAAUGAAGACUCUCCCAUUUGGUUACUUGGGAGAUGCUAUCAUAGAAARAUUUAUGAAAUAGCUGACACYAAGUCAACAGAAAAAUGUAAAAUAUUCAGUAUGGAAGAGUUUCAAAGGCAUUUCUCAUCAUUGAUAUGGCUGACAUACAGACGUGAAUUCACACAGUUGAAUGGUUCAACAUUAACUUCAGACUGUGGCUGGGGCUGCAUGUUGAGAAGUGGACAAAUGAUGCUUGCAUCAGGACUUAUAUUUCACUUUCUAAAAAAGGAUUGGAGAGUCUCUGGGAGAUGUCAUUCUAGAGAACAAGAUCAUUAUUACAGAGUUGUAUUACGGUUCUUUGGGGACCAUGAUGAUGAAGAAAGAAGUCCAUUCUCUCUUCAUCGACUAGUCUCCUUGGGUCAGAGGUCAGGCAAACAAGCAGGAGACUGGUAYGGGCCCUCAUCUGUUGCUCAUAUCCUCAAACUAGCCAUGGAUACUGCAACACAUCCUCUUUUACAUGAUAUAAAUGUCUAUGUUGCUCAAGAUUGCACAAAGAGGUUGAGCAACUUUGUACAAACUGUAGAACACAUCGUAGAAAUUGUAAUUACGGUAAAUGGCAGCCUGUUAUUAUUCUGGUUCCAGUGAGAUUAGGAGGGGAAGCCCUUAAUCACAUAUAUAUACCAUGUGUCAAGGCACUGUUUACUUUAGAUCAAUGUAUUGGUAUUAUUGGAGGACGACCAAAGCAUUCCUUAUACUUUGUUGGUUUCCAAGAUGAGAAAAUGGUUCACUUGGACCCACACUAUUGCCAAYCAAUGGUUGAUAUGAGCCAAGAAAACUUUGCAUCUGAAUCUUUUCACUGUCCACAUCCACGUAAAAUGUCAAUCAAAAAAAUGGACCCAUCAUGUACAAUAGGCUUCUACUGCAGAUCAAAAGAAGACUUUGAAGACUUUUGUUUUCAUGCAGCUGAGGUUCUAAAUCCACCAAUGCAGAAAGGUGAUUAUCCAAUGUUUAUCUUCACUCAAAAGAGAAGUCCAAUUGUGAAUGAGAAUGCAAUCCAGGCAGCAAGAUUCUCAGAUAGUUUUAUUGAUCCACCACACAAAAUACCACYGCCUGAACAUAACAGACAUCAACCAAGUACAUCAACACCAAGGGACAGGAGCUCAACUGCUGAAGAAUAUGUGCUACUAUGAGGAAGUGAUAGUWUGAUGCAUGCUUUUCUUAGGGGUAGGGUUGGGUUGAUUUGUCAUCCUGUUGGAAUGGAAAAGACUUGAUUUAACAAAGCUGUGGGGAAGAGGGUACAGUUUUUAUUGUGCUUGAGURAGGGAGACAUUGUUGGUGAUUCCGCUGUGAAGGGCAGCCUGGGURCACUUUAAUGCUUUAUUUUUCUGGGGAGGGGUGAGAAAGGUUAUGCACRAUUUUUUGCAUUGAUYAACUGAGGGUUUGAUGUUGUGACAUUUCUGGUUUGUAUGGGUUUAUUAAUUCUAUAGAAAAUAUUUUAUAUGACAGGGGUUUAUUUGCUGCAAUGUCAUGGGUGRGGAAGGAAUGUUAUGGAGUAACACAAACUUACUUCAUUUCAAAACCAUCAGAUUAAAUGAAAAGUGUAUUUAUUUACCAAUCAAAAUUUUUUCAAUAAGUACAUAUAAAAAAAUAAGGCAAGCCAAUAGGACAAAUCAAAUUACAAAAAAAGCAAAAAAAAAAAAAAAUGAAAUCCAGAAAUCAGUUUACUCCAGCUGUGUCUAGCAGUUUACUGGGUUAUCCAGAGCCCAUAAUGACAGUGAGGAGAAUCUGACUUUAAGACUCUUAUUAAAUUCAUCUAAUAAUUUAUUAGGUUAAUGUGCAGUGGAAUGUCAYUGCAGUGACAGCAUCUUUAUAUGAGCAAGAGAUUUGUCCUGAUUUUCAUUCGACUUUAGGUUUAACUUUCUCUUACAAAUGAUUAUUUCAUCUUGACGUUUUCUGCAAAAUAUGUUUUAGGUUAUCUUGAAAUUUGAUAAGCAAUAYAAGAUAUUUGCAUCSGACCUUUAUUGGCUCUAAWACUGCUUGCUUGCAGCUUGCAGUUUUAUAUGCCCAUAAAAGUCUCCCUCUCAUUUUAUAUAUUACUGCAUAACCAGCAAUGAAAAGUCCAGAUAUUACCAUGUGAAAUCAUGUACCUUAUAUCAUUAUAUCAAUAUCAUUCCUUGUCUUAUUUUCUCAAUUCUUGUGAGAAACAAAUUGAAAGAAAAGUCAUUGAUCAUCCAAUGUCUACUUUGACAUCCUGUGCUAGGUCAGGUGUGGCUUUAGGUUGUGGUUUUAAAAACAUCUGAUAGUUUUGUUGUGUGUUUUUUGUAUGGUUUACCAUAUGACUUGUGGUUUCUUCCWCACACCUCAUCACAGGUAACCUGUUUUUCUGUGCACAUCAAAAAUAAAAGGGAUGAUUUGAUAUAGUCAGAAAUCCUAAAAAUCAAUAGUGUUGCUCAGAAAAUAAUUAUAGUGACCAACAAGUGUUUGAUCUUCAGCUAAAAAAACAUCAAAAACAGAACAGAAGAAAUAUUAUGAUUUUUUCGUAUUACUGCAUAAUAAUUGCAUAAUUUGGCUCAACUUAUUUAUCUGUUGUGUCACAGCAUUGUUUCAUUGAUGUGCUAUUUUACUGGGCUUGAUUGGCAAAAUCUAAAAUAAACAUAUAAUUAUAAAGUAUUAAUUUAUUCAAUUCAAAACAUUUAUAUCUAAUUUUGUGAAUACUGUGUACAAAUAUUUGUAAAGAAGAACUGGAAUUUAAAAGUUUUAUAAUUAAAGAAUAAAGAAUUUAUA